AUGGAGCUGCAACGGUUCAAGCGCAACUAUAAAGCAUGUCUCAAUUGCCGUCUACGCAAAGUUAAGUGUGACCUCGGGUCUGUGGAUAAUCCUCGUGAGGGAAAAUGUGCCAGAUGUCUUCGAGAACGAAAAGAUUGUGUUUUUGUGGAAUCUCGUCGUGGAGGGUCUGGUACGAGACAAGGUUCAAGUGGUCAUAAAAGUCGUAGUAACUCGCUCACGAAUGUUCACUCAGGUGGUUAUAGUGGUGGUAAUAAUAGUGACCAAGAACUGGGGCCAUAUGGAGAAGAAAGUGCUCCUAAUGGUCCCGCUGAUCUGAAACCAAAUCAGGCAGAAUCAAGUAGUCAUUUUUCCACCAUGGAAGGAGCACUUGUAUUUUUAGCACAGGCUGCUGGAACGAUUGCCAAAGCGGACGAGCGAGAUAAUAUCGAUGGAGUAACAAAACAUCGGCAAAUUGAGGCUGGUAUAGACAAACAAGAAACUGGAUCUGGAGAUAAUUCUGCUCCCGAAUCAGGAACUGAAUCUGUGCCGUUGGCUGCCUCGCUUUCAAAUAUCCUAAACAACCCAACUCGGCCCCCAGGAGCUCCGGGAAUGGCAGAAUUGGCAAUGGCUCUGACUCGUCCAAGACUCACUGUUCCUGCAGCAGAUGGAGUUUAUCUGGCUAGACCUCAGGCUUCUAGGUACCUUUCCAACAUUGAGUACAUAGGACCAGAUGGGCUAUUGAGUGAACAGGAAGCAGAGAUGUUGGUAAAUCUUUUCUUUACCACGAUCCACCCAUUCUUUCCUCACGUUCCCAAAUUUCUCCAUUCGCCAAAAACACUUUCUGGGUACCCAAUUCUCUUGUGUGCCAUUUUGACCAUUGCCUCGAGGUACUACAGUCUUGAGCCCAAACAUGGAACUCUGGAUGAGAAAUCUCAGGCCAGAAAUAUCGAAUUGCACGAUAGACUAUGGCUCUACGUUCAGCGACUUAUCUCGCAAACUGUAUGGGCAGAAGCAUCCACGAGGUCUAUUGGAACAAUCUUUGCGUUCUUACUAUUCACCGAGUGGAAUCCCAGAGCCAUUCAUUGGCGGUGGUCGGACUAUGCCAAUCGAGCCGAUGAUCCUGACCAAGAUAGUGCUGCUGAUACAAACUCUAACGAUGUCAACUUGGCAGGUUUAGGAGCCAUGAGAAGAAGCUACCGAAUGGCAUGGAUGCUUAUCGGCUCUGCUGUGAGAUUGGCUCAAGAUAUGGGGUUCAUGGAGGUGAGUGCCAAGACGUUUCUCGCUACUCAUAUUGCCGAAAUCAAUUCGGUGAUGAACAUUUCUCGAAGAUCCAUGUUGGCUCAUUCGUUGUCAGAAGUUGAUUUGGACGAAGAUGACGCCACUGAAGAGGAAAUGGACGACGAAGAUGAAGAUUACAAGAUCCUCAAUAUGAGUGAGGAAGAGAUCAAGAGACUCUCGGCGGAAAGUUCACUAAAAUUCACCAGAAAUCAAAAGGCCAAAAUUGAGCUUUUACAGAUCAUGUCGUUGGGCCAUGAGUCUCUUUACGGCUACAAGGCUCAGCUUGGUGCCCUCUCUCAGCGCCAAAAUCUUGCAGUGUUGAAUAUCAUCUCACCACUUCUCAACAGUUGGGUCCGCAAGUAUCGUGAGUUUUUGGUCCCUUCCAAUGCAAAGUUACUUCACAAUUCUACCCAGGGCCAAAGCCAGUUUUUAAACCCCAACUCAAAGCUUUCUAAAGAGGUUUCUGAGGCCAUUGAUAGAGAGUCGUUUAUAUUCGAGUUCCAUUAUGCUCGACUCUACAUUUACUCUUUGGCACUCAGUCCGUCUCCAAAAAGCGAAGACGACAAGAAAGGGAAGAGAAAAAACAGAAAAGUCACUUUGAAACUAGAUGAGCUUUCAAAGUCUGCAAAGUAUAUCGAGAUGGCAUUCACGUCAGCAAAUGAAAUGCUUUCAGCGGCUCAUCGAAUUCACAAAUUAAAGCUACUUCGGUUCAUGCCCGUUCGCUGGCUUACUCGAAUCGUUAGAGCUGUUGCUUUUAUUGUGAAAUGCUAUUUGACUAUCACAGCUCACAAAAGAUCAUCGAUUAGUGGAGCUGCUAAUACAGAAUUUGAUUCCACAAUUUUGUCGCUAUCCAUGAUCUCCGUCGAUGAAAUCAUGCAAAGCAUUCAGAAAGCAGCCAUCACCCUUCGUGAUUGUUCUCCAGAUGAACUUCAUUUGUGUACCCGCUACUCAACGGUUCUCAUGUACCUAUGCUCAGAAAUGAAGACAAAGGCUAAAAUGUUCUCGUCGAUGGAGGAGGACGAGUUUCCCGCUCCCAAGCGAAGAAGACCAAAUAUGUCCUUUUCUGGUCCAUCUUCAAGAAAUGAUGUGUUUGGACAUGUUCCAUACUUGCAAACAAACAGUGAUCCCGUCACUCCCAUGGGCUCGUCGCGGGUCAACUUGCCCGACGCUGCAGAAGAAGCGGGAACGAGAGAAGACUCUCCUUACCAAAAUCUCGUUGGUGACAGUGAGGUGAUGGAAUGGUUUAUGAAUAACCGUGAUAUUGGGUUGGACUUUGUGGGUCCUUGGACGGAAAUGAUAGAACAACAACUCGCUACCAACGAGUUCAAUUUCGACCAGGCCCUAGACGGUUCUUGA